AUGGCUGUGCCUUCAUCUGCAUCUAUGCCUGGUCUUGGAGAAGAGGAUCUUAAAAAUCAACAGAAUCUCUACUCCAGAAUUCCCCAAAAGAAUUUUGAGAAAUGGCUGCGUCUUCAUCUGCAUCUAUGCCUGGUCUUGGAGAAGUGGAAUGCUGCUUCUCUGAGAAGGAACCGAAACCGUCCAGGAAAUCCAAAUCCUGAUGCGGUGGUUGUUGCACUCUCUCCAGAAUAUCUUACUGCGAAAAAUCGUUUUAUAUGUGAGUUGUGCGACAAGGGUUUCCCCAGGGAACAGAACUUGCAGCUGCACAGGAGAGGGCACAAUCUGCCCUGGAAGCUCAAGAAAAGGACAGAUCAGGAGGUGCAGAAGAAGGUUUACGUCUGCCCCAAAAUCGCUUGUGCCCACCAUGAUCCAGCAAGGGCUCUUGGAGAUCUGACUGGAAUCAAGAAGCAUUUUGCUCGCAAACAUGGUGAGAAGAAAUUCAGUUGCACCAGGUGUCACAAGAGGUAUGCUGUGCUGUACCUGAAAGCUCAUAGCAAGAUCUGUGGAACAAAAGAGUACAAAUGCGAGUGUGGUACUACCUUCUUCUAUGUGUAA